UGGCAUGUGAAUGAGUUUGAUCGACAAGCCGUGGAGAGGCGCAGCUAUGGUCAGUUCCACCGUGGAGACUCCUACAUCGUGAAAUGGCAGUACCAGAUAGCGCAAGUCAGUCGUGACAUCCGCGGCGGUGGCACAUCCAAACAUUCCACGGUUGGCAGGAAGCGCUGUGCCUUCUUCUUCUGGCAGGGUGUGAACUCGGCGGUGACAGAGAAGGGCGUGUCUGCACUCAUGACCAUAGAGCUGGACGAGGAGAUGGAAGCUCAGGUUCGCGUCGACGAGGGUAAGGAGCAAGCUUGCUUCCUCAACCUCUUCCGCGGGGCGAUGAUCAUCCACGCGGGUAAACGCGAGGACGAGCUCGCCUGCACACAGGGGGCGCUGCUGCUCUACAUUGUGCGCGGCGAGAAAGAGAGCGAGGCGUACCUGACAGAGGUCGUGACCUCGGUCGCCAGCCUGCGCAGCCGCGGUUCAUUCAUACUCGUACAUCGCCAGCGUGGCGCGGUGUGGAUCUGGCACGGUGCCAAGGCAAAGCCGUACACAAGGAAGGCAGCGACGGUGGCAGUGAAGCAACUGACGACGACGAUACCACCAGAAAUCGGGUUUCGCCCGGGGGUCGAGCUCACGGUCACGGUCAUGGAGGAGGGCCGGGACGACAAGCCAUUCCUAACUGCACUCGGAGCAACCACCAAUCUCUCAGACGACGAUGACGAGGAGGAGGAGGAGGAGGAGGAGGAGGAGAAGGAGGAGGUCAAAGCAGAACUGGAUGAUGAAGAGGAGAGUGGCGAUGAGGAGGAUAAAAGUGAAAAAGAUAAACCGAUUGCUUCUCCACGACACCAAUACCAUUCCUUACGAAGAGAUGACAGACCGUACGACUUCAGCGUACGCCUGUUUGAGAUGUCUAGCGUUGCCGGUGUGUUUGAAGCUAAGGAGAUGCUGUGUCCGUCACGAGUGCUGAAGUGUCCGUGCCCUUUCCCAUUUCUACAGAGUGAUCUAUACCGAGAGGAUGCUUCUCAACCAGAGAAGUUAGAUGCAAAGGAACUUCCGCCAGCCUACCUCGUCUUUGCUGGCUAUGAGCCACUGGAGUUCACCAACCUGUUUCCCUUCUGGGUUCACAACGAUGAAGUGAGAGAGUCCAACACGGAGGCAUACGGUGACUGGGGCGACAACAUUGCUGUAGAAGAUGUGCUGCUCAGUAUCACUAGCAUGGUGUACACACUCGAGGAGCUACGCCAGCGCCCCCUACCUCACCACGUCGACCCGUUAAAGCUCGAGUCCUACCUCUGCGAUGACGAUUUUGAGGAGGUUUUCAAGAUGACGAAGGAAGACUUCGACCAGCUUCCCUUCUGGAAGCAGAGGAAACUGAAGCUUCCCACUGGCCUACACUGAUGGUGAUUCGAGGCAGGAGCAAUCCAGAACCGGACGAUAAGCAAAGCCGAGUUUCCCAAUACAUGCUGCCACAGACAUCCGAUCUUGCAGAGUGUGCUUGGCAGCUCAGUCGAAGGAGGAUUAGUAUGCCACGAUAUAACUCUGGAGUAUCGGGUUGCAUGUGGCGUGACUUGUCAAAACGGUGUAGGCUUUUGCUGUUCAAGUUUCCCCGUCAGGCUUUGCUGAGGGUAUCACGUGAAAGCACGCUGUGCAAAAGUGGAUUCGAUAGUGCUGCCAUCUUCGGGUGCAAUUCUGUGAUUAUCGUCGUAUUCUCAGCGGACAUGCCUUGGUAGGUGGAGGUAAAAAGAGAAAGUCUAGUGCUCAACCGUGCGUGCCAGAACGAAGAUAUACAGGGUGAGACAAAUAAUUGAAGGAGGGGUGAAUAGAUGUGAGGAUAGACAGAGGAGUUUUCUGAUCGCGUAGGUAAUUGCGUAUAACCCACCAUCUCACCUCAGAUAUGAUGCAAUAGCAAAUGCACUUGUGAUCAUUUGUUCAUGUGAGGAUUAUGCCUUAAACCUUCAAGCCCCCUGCCGCAUAGCAUUACCGUAGUUGCACCAUUGGGAUAGCAAUGUAUAAUAGAAAAGUUGUGCCUUCCCUUUUGCCUAUAGUGCGGAUGUUGUCCCUAAUGCAGAUAUAUAUUAUAUACAUCAACAGUAAGAUGUAUGCAGGCAAUACUGUGAUAUGAUGAAUAAUUGACUAGUACAAUGUAACUUAUUCUUGUUGUUGAACUGAUUGUGUUUAGUGACUAUUUAAAAAAAUCAUGGGGGCAAACUGACGUUGUUUUUAGUCGUUUUUUCUAAGAGUUAUUGUGCUCAAGACUUAUUUUGUAUGAUAACGAUAAACUGGUGCUACUGCUGAUGUAGUGGAUGUAGAAUCUUCUGCUUUUACUCCUUAUAGCGCUGAUGUGAAUGUGCUUAACCUUUUGCGUGUUUUUGGGGGAUCGAGCUGCCCACUGGUGUUGACAGGGCACGGCUCUUCCCACUGUUGAUCUUGUGCGUGGGUCAUGCGCCGAGAACAGUAGCGCCCUCUCGUGGGUAGAUGUUUCCUUGUGCUGCGACUCCGCCACUGGUCACGACUUUAGUUUUCUAUUAUUGUUAUUGUUCGACGGUGUAGAUCUCGUAUUGCAUCAAUCACACGCUAUGACUGUCAGCGUGAGUUUACGUGGUUUUUGCGGCAGGAGAUUGACCGGGCCGCAGCCACGUAGAAUUUAUCAACGUGAUUAUUAAAAUAAGGGGGGGGUCGAAGGUAAAAUGGAAAAAGGGCGGCGUGCUGUCUGUGUGCAUUAAGUCAAUGUCAAGUCUGUGUGCAAUGCGAUGAUGAUGACGGCGACCUUUUCUUGUCAAAGCUCACGCUCUAAGCCGAUUGUAAACUGCUUCGACGACAGCGCGACCUCAUUUACUAGAGUGCCAUUUGCUGCGCGGUCGAUGAGUGAGGAGAGCCAGGUGCGUGAAGAUUGAGGGGAUGAAAGAAGGUGAUCAACGUCUGCCCGACGUCUCUACCUGCGCAUCGUGCUCUACUCUACUCUACUCUCUCGCACGCAAAAGCGAUCCUGAUGCUUCUCCUCGGCGAGAACAAAUACCGCGAAAUGCUGCGCCGUGCAUCUGCUGGCUGCGUCACAUAUAGCGGCUGCAGCUCUACCCCGUGUAGCCAUGGGCUUCCUCUAUAACCCGGGGUUGCUGAGAUGGAGCCACGCCGACUGAGUGCAAUGUGUGAUAUGAUAUCAAACCUGCAUAUAUCAGACUCCGAGCGAGGAGCAAUGUAUAUACCUCGGCUACACGCAGCCGAUCCAAACGUCUUCCUGAUUUAUUCGUGAGUUCGGGGCGCGGGUUGUAUUGAAUGGCGGACGCGCACACUGCAAUACACGUGGGUGGCAGCAGUGUAGCACACUGCAAUACACGUGGCAACAGUGUAGUUCACUGCAAUACACGUGGCAACAGUGUCGUGCACUGCAAUACUCUUAGUGGCGGCAGUGUAGUUCACUGCAAUGCACGUAGGUGGCGGCAGUGUAGCACACUGCAAUACACGUAGGUGGCAGCAGUGUAGCGUUUCGUUAUGGCACGGUGUGCAUAGGAUAGGUACGAUGACGUCAUCAUGCAUCUGACGUCACACCAGCUUACGUUGGUCUCUUGUGGCCUUCAUCAAGGGGUCACUUGUGUAAUCUGACCUUCAUUCAGGGGUCACUUAUGAUCCUAUUAGAAAAUUUAUGGAUUCCGUUAUAGCUUCCUUGUACAAGAUGUGCUGAUUAGCGUUUUAUGGGGACAGUAAGCCGAGAACAGUGAAUCGAAUGGAAAAGAGACGUGCCGUUUUUGCUAGCUACUUUUGGCAAUCAAUAAAAUGCCGUUUGUAUUAUGAGUUUACUA